AUGCUGGCCCUGCGAGCCUUCCAUCCAUCUAUACGGCGUAGCCUCCAUAAACAACUUUACACCAACCAAUUACCCAUCAUUCGAAAAUCCUUGACAAUUAGCGGAGUGCUGGUCAUCCUUUGGGUCUUGAGUCUUUACGGCAUCCUCAUUGGGAUAUGGUGGCUGCGUCUGCGAGGGUACUUCGUGACCAGGGGAGAACAGGGUGGGAUGAUGAAUGGAAAUCGGCGUGUGGCCGCUGUUGCCUUGACAGGCCAUAUCUGCGAUGUCACCAUGGGAAUGGUCCUACUUCCGGUUGCUAGAAACAGCGCUUUGUCCUCAUUCUUCAGACUGUCAGCAUCAACUACGUAUGCCUUUCACAUGAUCCAGGCAUACGUCCUAUUCGCUCUGGUGGUGGUCCAUGGUUUACUCUACGCAUCAUGGGUCGCGGCCUACAACCACGCCCGAAACCUAGCCCACUUACCUUCGGUCUUCCCAGUACUGAACCCCACAUAUUUGUAUCACGAGGUCUGGCCCGGCAAUACGUCCUCACUUGGUAUCUGGAGGGCGUCGCUCAUCUUCACUGGGUUCACGACUAGUUUGAUUAUGCUGGCUGUCUUCAUCACCACGUUCCCAGUCAUAAGGCGAAAGCAUUUCAAUGUCUUUUACUUUACACACUUGCUGAUGAUAAUAGCCGUCGUUGUCAUUUGCCUGCACGCGAGUACGAUGUUCUACUGCACAGCACCUGGAUUAGCCAUGUGGAUACUCGACUGGGGCAUGCGGAUCUAUGAGCUGAGUGGGAAGAUGGACAGUACUUUGGUAGCUGUUGGUAAAGGGUGGUUCUGUCUGAAUGUACCACUGCCACGGAAUCGACUCAAAGGCUGCGCAUGUCACUCUCCGCUUGCUCAUUUCCACAUACACCACACCGAAUCCUCCAUACGAGAAAUCCACCCUUUCACAACCAUUACGCACCUGGCCUCACAGAAGCUUUCUUCAUCGGACUCAGACAAGAACAUUAUGAUCCAAUUUCUCUUCCGCAAAAGUAAAGCAUCGAGUUACUCCACGUCCAUGACAGAACAAACUCCUGAAAGGCGUCUAAAGAGACAAUGGACGAACAAACUUGCCGACCUCGUUGAUGAAGUGACAAUAGACCUGUCGCCACCAUCGGAAAAGAUGGAAGAAUCAGAUCUCCAAAGACAGCGACUUUCUACCCAGUACCAAACCACUCUUCGGCUUGAAGGGCCAUACUUCACGCCUGCUAAUCCAGCAAGUUACGAUACUGUCAUCUGCCUCGUCGCUGGCACAGGCGUCACCGGAGCCAUCGCCAUCGCUGCAGCAUUCCGCCGACAGUCCACGAUAGAGGCCUGGGAGCCAGAAACAACCAUGUUUGGGCAUGAGAAGAUACACGGCGCCCCGUUAGAGCGAAACUUUUCCAUUUCAAGCUUCUUGGCACCUUCAGGGGCGGCGAGCAUUUGGAAGCGAUGUGUGGUCGUGUGGAGUGUGCGGGAGGCUGAUUUUAUCGAUCUCCCUUUCUGGCACGUAGUGAACACGACACCUGGGCUAGAGGUGCGCGCCUUCCUAACCGGAAAAGGUCGCGAUCGCCUUAACAUGGAUGAGACGAUCGGUUCGAUAAUGGGGAAUGGGGGUAGGACUUGGGUUUAUAUCUCGGGGCCCAAUCCGUUCAUUGAAGCUGGAGAGAAGGCUUGUCGGCGAUCUGGUGUGGAUUUCUUUGGUGCAAGGUCGAAAUUCAAACGUAAAGAUCUAGACUGGACCGUGGCUCUUACUGACGUCAUUCCGUAUUCCAAAGCAAAUUGUGAGAAGGAAUGA